GGAAAAGAGGGUCCGGCCCAUCUCGGGAAACUGAAAUGAAGCUGCGAGAAAAAGUUUAAUACCCACCCACAUGCUGCCUUACUGCAACAACAACAAACCCCUCAUGUUUUUUAUAUACACAAAAAUACACCAACCAUAUAAAUACAUAAACAAAACUUUAUGAUAAAAUUUAAAUAAGUGGAAAAAGAGGCCUAUCUCCAAUGGACAGCGUGGUGUAAUGGGUGUUCUCGUGAGGUGAGAGAGAGGGGGUUUGCAGAUCGCACGCAGGCGUCUUUUUAUGCUCUCCCUCUCUCUAUCUUUUCUCUCUGAUCCCCGAUUCUGUUUCAGAUUUUCUAGUGCUUUCUCUCUCAUCACUUUGUCAUUUGUUUAGUGUGCGAGAACGUUGGGUCGGAGGAUGAGGUGUUAAGGCAGAAGAGAGAGAAAGGGGGGAGAGUUAGAGAGAGGGUUCAGGCAUGCAGAGCUUCGCCCCGCCUCCCGGUUCCUACGCAUUAGGUGCAGAGUCUAGCCGUGGCCACUCCCGGGUGUCUGAUGCUGGAGAGCUGGAACAGUCAACUGGUUUUCGUGUUGACGAUGCGGUGAAUUUGAGCAGGGGGAUUAUAUUCAAUCCAAAGCCUGGCAGCCCAGUUGUGACAUCUAGUCCUUUGAAGUUUGGGGCUUUGAACAAGCAAAUCGAUUCUUCAGAUAUACCUUCUUCAACAAAUAGAGGGGAGCUUGGUCGAACCUCUUCUCUAAAGGGUUUACAAACAAACACAGGCUCGCUAUCAAAUAACCAAUUUGAUAGUUGGGGAGACUCUGGCAUGGCAGACACAAGCCCUAGGACCGACACCUCCACGGAUGUUGACACAGAUGAGAAGAACCAACAGUUCCUUGAAGGUCAGCGUGCAUCUUCGGAUUCUCUGGAUAGAUCAAAAGAUAAAACUGGGGAUCAGAAGACACUCCGACGGCUUGCUCAGAAUCGUGAAGCUGCAAGGAAAAGCCGGCUGAGAAAGAAGGCAUAUGUUCAGCAGCUGGAAACUAGCCGCCUGAAGCUGCAACAGCUUGAGCAGGAACUUCAACGAGCACGUCAACAGGGGAUCUUCAUUGCAGGUGCAGGAGAUCAAAAUCAUUCUAUGGGUGGAAAUGGGGCAUUAGCAUUUGAUAUGGAAUAUGCGCGGUGGCUUGACGAGCAUCAGCGGCAGAUCAAUGACCUGAGAUCAGCCAUGAAUUCCCAUGUUGGUGAAAAUGAGCUGCGUAUUCUCGUCGAUGCUGUGAUGCAACAUUAUGAUGAGAUCUUUAGAAUCAAAGGCACUGGAACAAAAUCAGAUGUAUUUCAUAUGCUCUCAGGCAUGUGGAAAACACCUGCUGAGAGGUGCUUCAUGUGGUUGGGUGGAUUUAGAUCCUCUGAACUUCUUAAGAUACUACUGAGCCAUUUGGAACCCUUAACAGAGCAGCAGUUAAUGGGUAUCUGUAAUCUACAGCAGUCGUCACAGCAGGCUGAAGAUGCAUUGUCACAAGGCAUGGAAGCCCUUCAGCAAUCACUUGCGGAGACACUUGCAUCUGGCUCUCUUGGCCCUCCUGGCUCCUCUGGUAAUGUUGCUAAUUACAUGGGUCAGAUGGCAAUGGCCAUGGGAAAGUUGGGCACGCUCGAGAACUUUCUUCGACAGGCCGACAAUCUGCGGCAGCAGACUUUGCAGCAAUUACAUAGAAUACUUACAACACGCCAAUCAGCUCGUGCACUGCUUGCUAUAAGCGACUAUUUCUCACGUCUUAGGGCACUCAGUUCAUUGUGGCUGGCUCGCCCUAGAGAAUGACUUUGUCAAUUUUUCAUUUGCUCAAAAAACAAAUCAGUAGCGAGACGGAAGGCAUCCAUGGGGCAGUAUCCAUCUGGAGCUUGGGUUCGAGAGGGUGGAAGAAUGGUGUAAUAUUACCGGUUGUAAGCUCGUCAAUAAUAGCCACGAUUUUAAUUGUGAUUAUUAUAAGGUUUAUUGGUUGAUUAGGCUAAUUUAACUGAGAGGGGGUUUGGAAAUAGCUGUAACUUUGUGUUCUGUUGGAAUGUACAGUAGCUAAUGUAUUUCUUUAGUGCUCCCUGUAUACAAGAAAUGUUAAUCAUAUGUUGACGGCCUCUCUACUUGUUUGUUGUGAACUGUUUUUCUUGAAGGAUUUGUUUGACUUAUCUAAAUUUUAUAGAUUCAAUAAGAAAAAAAGGAAGUUUUUCA